AUGGACCCAUUAGUUGAAAACUUGUUGAAAACUUCUCUGGAUGACGAAGAUCCAACAAGGUCACCGCAUCUUUCAGACAAUUCAGACAUUUCCGAAGAUGAUUCUUCCAAAAUAGAAAACGGCUUUGAUGAUUCUUCUAAAUCUUUCUCCUUGUUGCAACAUGGUGGUCGACAAACAGGUCCAAAAGGCGUUUUAGCUGAUCAUGAAUAUCAUAAGCAAUAUACAAAACAACAAAAGGCUGCUUCAAUAGCUGCAUAUAAUGAACGCAUGUUGUCAAAAGCCUUAACAACUACAACAUACCGUGAAGAUGAAUUAAAUAAAUCUCUAGAGGAAGAUUUAAAAGAUUUAGAAAAUAUUACUCUAAGAGAAAUAUCUUCAAAUCAAUAUGUUAAGGCUAUAGACGAUGAGGCACCGGACUCGAUUCCCCAAUGUAAACUCUUAAAUGAAUGUUUGACUCAUCUAGCUAAAAAAUUUGUCCAUUCAAAAUUCCUGCGAAUUCUGGCUCAUGAUUUAGAUUUUGAUCCAAUUGGCCUUCCAGCUUUAUUAGUUUAUAAAAAUGGAAAAUUAAUUGCAAACCUAGUUAAGAUUACUGACGAAAUUGGUGAAACAAAUUUUGAUUCUAAUAAUAUUGAAGAAAUUUUAUUAAGGCAUGGUGCAUUGAAUGUAACUGAAAGUAUCGGCGAAUAA